UGUCAUUUUAAAAUAAUGGUGUCUUUGAAGGUGACUAUCAAUCCUGAAUUUGAUGAUCAAUCACCAGGUGCUGCUGGGAAAAUUAUUUUACGUGGUCAGAGGGACACCUUAGUUGGACUUUUAGGUGUAGAUGAAGCUGUGUAUGCCAUAUCCAAAAGAGAUCUUUUGACAAAAGCUAAAGUAUUCAAUACUUUUAAUAAGCAUGAUUUAGGCUGUGGAGCAGGGGGUGGAUUAAACACAGAUUCUGUACUUAAUAACGCUGGAGUUGUUUUAGCAACUGAUAAAUACUCUCCUCCUCUGGACAGAUCAUCAUCUUGUGUUGAAAAGAAAAGGCAAAAAAGGGAUAUAGGAUCUGACAUAUUGAGUGCUUAUACUGGAAUAGAAAGAGAAUGUUGUGCACUUGGAAUGAACCAUGAUACUCGUGGCAGAUCAUGUGAAGAUAGGACUAACAUUGUUGUUCGAUAUUUGAAAGGAGGGCAUAAGAAUUGCUCUAGAGCGUUUCUGGGUUGUUGCUUAGAAGCACUGGAAAGAGGAUUUACAGAAAUGAAGGUUGAUGAGCAAACAGGCAGAUCAGGUAGACCACUUGUUCCUGAAAUAGAUUUUAUUCCAAUAAAUGAAGAACAUAUCUUUGAAAAGGAUUUAUUUCUUCGAACUGAUUUUAAAGAAGUCUGGAUUUUUCAAGAUGUUACAAUAAGGUGAGAACUUUUUUUUUUAAU